UCCUUUUUCUAUUAAACCCAUUUUAAUCUAAUCUAAAAAACAAUAAACAUCACAUAUUUCAUUUGAAUUCAAAUUAAAUCAUUCCAAACUUUAUCUAUCACAACAACAAUAAUGCCAUAGAGUAGCUUUACAUUUGGGUAACGUACCUCAACUUUAUCUCCUAAAAUGGCAUCUCCAUAUACCUUCCUCUUCCGCUCCUCCCUUCAAAACCUCACAAUAAACAACACAUUUUCACACUCAAUGCGGCCCCACUCCGCCUCCGCCUCCGCCUCUCUCAAUGCAUAAGUUACCGGUGCUAGGCCGCAAACGCCGCACCAACCUUCUGGUCUGGUGCUUCGCCUUCAUCUGCGCCAUCCUCGCCAUCAUCGUCAUCAUCGCCGGAAUCAUCGUCUUCAUCGGAUACCUCGCAAUCCGCCCCAAAGUCCCUCUCCUCUACGUCAACGCCGCUCGCCUCGACGACGUCAUUUACAACCAGGCCAGCGUUCUUGCCGUCCGAUUAACAGUCGACAUAAAAGCCGAGAACCAUAACCAGAAAGCACACGUGAGCUUCUACAACACGAGGCUUACGCUAGAGUACCAUGGGCUGAGCAUCGCGAUGCUGGUGGCGGAUCCGUUUGAGGUGAAGAAGAAUGCGUCGGAGGAGUUUUAUUACGUGGUGGAAUCUUCGCCGAUUCCGUUGGGGAAACAAGAACAGUUGCUGACGCAACAAGCGUUGCAGAAAGGAUUGUUUCCGUUCUUCUUGAAAGGGAAUUCGAGAACGAGAUGGAGGAUUGGGUCAUUGGGAUCGGUGAAGUUCUGGUUGCAUAUCAAUUGCCAUAUGUGGUUGCCGACGAAUAGCUCCGUCGUAUACCCUCAUUGCAGCAGCAGUUCGCAUUGACAGAGUUUCAAAGAGAAAGAUUUAGGGUUUGGACUUUUUGGAGUCUGAUAAAUUUAGAUAUUAUUCAUACAAUAAAUUUUGUUGUUACAUGAAUACUUGUUUAUAAAAAUAUAUAUAUACUAAUGUAAAUGUUUAACUCAAUAAAUGAUGUUAACGUUUUAUAACAUUA